CAGGCGCUCGGCGACCACUUAUCUACGUGCAGCAGUGGAAUGCAUCUAUCUAUGCCGGCUGAACUGAAAGCGGAGAAAGCGAACGCCAAGGCUUUACUUGAGCCUUUGGUUUGUUGCCGAAGCUCCUGUCCCGUCGUGUGAGGAGUGGGGGAAUAUUUCUUCCUCCUACUGUGUAGCUGUGCGCGAGGACAUCUGCGCAGAUACUCUUCUGUGACAGGAGAUUGCAACUUCCUCUCGGAACUCAGCAAGAAUACCUUUUCUCGUGGUGUUUUACCACUGAGAUGGCAGCCUCGAUCGGCUUUGAAGGUUUGGAGGUUGCUCCACAGCCCGAGUCACCCAGCAAUGGCAACAUGCAGGAUACCUUGACAGCUGCGGAAAGCUCAGUGCUGUUGACGAAAGGCCCAUCGAAUUACGCUAAGCAGGGACUGUUUUUCAAUGAUGGUAUUUGCAGGAUUGACUACGUCCUGGCGCUUGACCCCAGCGACACAUCUGACAAAGAUUGGAAACAGUCCCGCAAAGACAAGCGCGACGCCUUUCUUGAAGGACUGGCUGAGCGUGGUGUUGAGAUGGAGGUUGAAACGGAGUGCGUCGACAAGGUAACUAACUUCGUCAAACUGCACGUGCCCUUCGAGGUGUGCCUGCGUUGGGCUGAGAACAUGGGUAUGCAACUGCCGAUCGAGGAGAUUGGCACGUACACUAAGCAUGGUCUGAUUGACAGAGCUGUUAGCUGCUGCUGUUCAAAGAACAUCUUUGAUCCAGAUAUCGAAGAUGAGCCUGACCAAUACACAGCACCAUUUAUACAGGCUAAACUGCACAAGUUUCUGAACUACGACGACCAGGAGAAGUUCUUCACCAACGCCCAGCGCUCGCGUAUCUGCUACGAGAUCAUGUCUCGCACGGCAUACGGUGACAAGGACCCAACCAAGAUCGGCGUGGAGCGUUUGCUUGGCAACAAGUCGUUCACGGCAGCCUAUCCGCUGCACGAGGGUGGCUACAGCGAUGACGACCCGGACAAUGUGCGCAAGACGCUGGUGGAGGUCUGGGGCAGCUGGACGGCCUGGUACAAGUUCCAGCCGCUCGAUCAGGUGCGCACAUACUUUGGCGAGAAGAUCGGUAUCUACUUUGCCUGGCUGGGUUACUAUACGGCCAUGCUGAUCCCGGUGUCCAUCAUCGGUACCAUCUGCUUCAUUAUUGGACUUGGAUUCAUCAACUCGCCCGACAACCAAGUUGCCACCGACAUCUGCGAUAUCAAGACGAUCCCACGGAACAGCGUGAUGGAAUACGGCCCGUACAUCAUGUGCCCGCUGUGUGACGGCAGCUGCGACUACUGGUCACUGGAUUCCACCUGCACGGCCGCUCGCGUAUCCUUCCUCUUUGACAAUGGUGCCACCGUCUUCUUCGCCGUUGUCAUGGCAUUCUGGGCCACGUUCUUCUUGGAGUUCUGGAAGCGUAAGCAGGCGGAGCUGGCGUAUGACUGGGACGUGAUGGACUAUGAGGAGGAAGAAGAGAAGCCCAGAGCUCUGUUUGAAGCCAAGAUCAAGACUCUACGUGAGAAUCCCAUCACUGGCAGGGAAGAGGCCUUUCAGCCUCGUUCUCGCUAUGUGGCCAAGAUCAUGUGUGCCUUCAGCACUAUGGUCUUCAUGAUAGCCCUGGUCGUUGCUGUUCUGGUCAGCGUCAUUAUCUAUCGCGUGGCUAUCCUGACCGUGCUCAAUGAGAACAACUCGCUGCGCUCCGCCGCCUCGUUCAUCACCACCAUCACCGCUGCUGUGCUGCAGCUGUUGGCUAUUCUCGUCCUCAAUAAGGUGUAUGAGAUCCUGGCCAUCAAGCUCACUGCAUGGGAAUUGCACCGCACGCAGACAGAGCACGACGACUCGUUCACCUUCAAGAUGUUCCUGUUCCAGUUUGCUAAUUACUACGGUUCCAUCUUCUACAUCGCCUUCUUCAAGGGUCGCUUUGUGGGUCACCCAGGCAACUAUAACCGCAUUGCUUCGUUCCGUCUGGACGAGUGCAGUGCCAGUGGUUGUCUGAUUGAGCUGACCCAGCAGCUGGCCAUCAUCAUGGUGGGUAAGCAGGUACUGAACAACACCAUUGAGAUCUUUAUUCCCCGUCUGAAGGUCUGGAUGCGGCGUCGUGACAACGUCGAAGCCAAGCAAGAAGACCGCAAACUGACGCGCUGGGAAGAGGACUAUGAUCUGGCUGACCUGCCUGAACAUGGACUGUUCUACGAGUACCUGGAGAUGGUCAUUCAGUUUGGUUUCGUCACGCUGUUCGUGGCCGCCUUCCCACUGGCACCGCUCUUCGCCCUGAUGAACAACAUCCUGGAGAUCCGCGUCGACUCCAACAAGUUUGCUACUCAGUUGCGACGACCUCUGGCCCGCCGUGCUGAGGAUAUCGGAAUCUGGUACUCGAUUCUGGACGGAGUUGGAAACCUGAGCGUCAUCACCAAUGCUGUCGUGAUCGCCAUCACAUCCGACAUCAUACCACGUACGGCGUACAUGUUCGGCGUGGAGGAUAAGCCCAUGUUUGGCGACCAGAAGACUCUGGAGGGCUAUGUCUUCUUCUCGCUGUCCCAAGCGCCGUUGACCAUCUUUGAAAAGACCAACAACGCAUCCGAGAGUGACUUCUUCACGGAACUUGGCCAGAAUUUCCACAUGACUGCCGGCCAGACUGCUCAGAUGUUCCAGAACUGCUCUUUCCGCGGAUUCCGAGAGACCAGCGCGGAUGGCAAUGUCAGCGAGUUUAAGCGCUUCUUCUGGCAUGUUCUUGCCGCCCGUUUGGCUUUCAUGAUUGUGUUUGAGCACGUUGUGUUUGGCGUUAAGGCGCUAAUUGCGUGGCUCGUGCCGGACGUUCCGCUCACACUGCACAACCGCAUUGAGCGUGAGAAGUACCUCGCCAAGCAAGCGCUGCGCGAGUUUGAGGAGCGUUCAGCCACCAGCGCAGGUGCCAAGGACGUGGCCGUUUAGCUGGGCGGCUAGUAGCCCCCUUUUCACUGUUGACUGUCUCUCUCUUCGACUGAUCGGCCAACCAAGCUAUUAGCGUGCAUA